GAGGGGGUGGGGGCAGCGCUCGCUCACGAGACGUCUUUAUAAUGGUUUCCUAGUGCUUGUCUCCUAGCUACAUCUGUUGUCCCUAGCCAUUCGGGAGUUGGUCAAGUCUGCGCCUGGCUGCAGGCUGUCUAGAGGCCACGAUGGACACAGAGCGGGGCUCACUAGCCCUUCGGGAUGUCGAUAGUCCCAAGAAGGAAGUUCAACUGAGGGUAAUCCCGUCGGAGCUGAGGUUCCUGGAUGCAGUAUCUGGGAAAGUGUACCGACUCCCUCUUACUGUACACAAUUUGGGCCGCUGGAACCAGAAGAUGAGGUUUCAAGAGCCCGCGAAGCCACAGUUCAAACUGUUGUUGAGCAGUCUGGAUAAGGAACUUGCUUCUGGUCUUCAAAUGACAGCAAUGGUGGAAUAUCGUCCUGAUAAAAAUGAAGACGUGUUUGAUCACAUGUUUAUUUCUGCAGGAAAUAAAGUACUAGAGAUUCCUCUGAUUGGGCUGAUUCCAACCUGUCAACUGGAAAUUGUGCCAGUAGUUGAUUUUGGCACAUUGGUUGCCAAUAGCAAAGUGCAUUGUAAAGAGAUUAGUAUUAUUAACCAUGGCAAAGCUCCAGGUAUGUUUAAAACAGAAUACCAGGGUCAGUUACCUAUUGUCAUUUCUCCAAGUAGUGGUACUGUAAAGGCUAAGUCAUCAGUCGUCAUCAAAGUGGACUUCUGUGCAGACCAGUCCCAAUUUGUAAAUGAAGUGGCAAGAGUGAGUUUACAAGGUCGUCCUGAUACAUUCUUGAACAUCAAAGUUCAUGUGGUUGAACAGAUAAUAGAAUUGUUUAACAUGAAUAGUGAGAGGAAAUUGGAAUGUAUACGAUUUGGUUCUGUUUUCUUCGGAACAUCAAAAAUUGAGCAUGCACUUCUGUUUAACAAUAGCCCUGAAACCAUAAACUGGAUUGCAAUAAUGCAAGAUGAUUGUGUUGGAGAAGAACUGGGAGCAAAUAUUCAUCAAAGGACAGAUAUUGCCUUAAACAAUCUCCCCUACUUAAACAAAAUAAAGAAAAUAGAUAUGACUGAUUUUAUCUCCUGUGUUCCCAGUGAAGGGACUUUACUCCCUUACCAAAAGAUUGUAAUUACAUUUUGCUUCAGCCCAAAGUUGGUAGUUGAUGUUAAAAAGGAUAUUGGACCUGCAUAUAGGCAAGACUAUGCACUCUUUGUGAGAUUUGAUUCUGUGGGAAGUAAAGAUGGAUUUUUGAGAGAUGAUAACUCUGACACCAUGAAAAGUAAUCGACUUCAAAAAUUAGAAUUAGCUUUGACAGGCUCUGGGCUCCCUGUCAUCUUGCAAUUUGAUCCAGGAAAAGUACUUACAUUUGCACCUUGUUUCAUGGGUGAACAUUCGGAUCUUCUAUGCAUUGUAAAAAAUCAUUCCAUAUCACUUCCUGUGAUGUACCAUUUUCAAAAAACGGCACACUUUAAAAUGGAUCCUGAAAGGGGAAAAAUUGAUGAAGGAUGUAUUCAGAAUGUGAUCUGCUCAUUUGUUCCACAUCAAAUUGGAGUGUUUAAAGUGAAGCAAGUGAUUGAGAUUAUCGGUCCAGUGGCAGAUGAAAGUUUACGGUCUUUGUCAAUGAAACCUUUUCAUUAUAUAAAUUUGGAAUUCCACAGCACUUGCAAAGCUUACACUAAGAAGGUUGGGGUGAAAAUCAAUCCUGGUAUAUCCCCCUUGAUCAGUAAUCCCACAAGACAAUUUGUGAUCAAAGAUUCAAGGAAAAAGGAAGAUCGUCCCCCUGUAGCAGCAAUGCUGCAGUCAGCCUUCACAAACCUUCAUAAUCAUCGCGCAAAUGAGGUGUCAGCGAAGGAUGCACUGAUUGCCUUUCCUAAUGAUAGAGCUGCAAGUAUCAGGUGUGGAGACCACCAUGAACAGUUCAGAACAAUUUUCACAAAGAUGCCAAGGCAUCACUAUAUGGAUCCUGAUUAUGAAUAUACUGAUUUGGAAAAACUCGAAAAGAAAAUACAUAAAGAUUACUACAGAGAUUAUAUUAGAAAUUUAAGAAAUGAACGCCUACAGAAAGAAGCACAGAGGGGACGCAAGUAUGAAUUUAAUGAAGUAGAUAUAGGCAUGCAGCCAUUAUCUGGUCUAAGGUCACCACCACUAUCUCAAUCAGAAAUAGAGAAAGAGAUACCUUCGUCUUUAAAGUCUUCUUCUCUCAAAGUUAAAAGAUUGCUAAGCACCAAGAAAAUAACAUCCAGGGAGACAGAAUCUCUGCAGAGAAAGAUCCUCAAAGGAAUUAAAUCAAAGCCAACCACUCACCAUGAAAAGCAUGACUGCAGCAAAGUUUUGACAUCAAAGCAAAUCCAUCAAGUAAUUGUUGGACCAUCUGUCCUUAACUUUGGUAAUAUUUGUGUGCAAUCUACAAAUACUCAGCUACUUCACAUUGUUAAUAUGCUGCCCAUGUAUAUAUUGAUACAGUUAGAUAUUGAUUUGGAAGAACUUCAGAAAACCAAGCAAUUUUCAUAUGUGAUCCCACCUACAUCUAGUACUUAUGUUUCGAUGGUAUUUCAGUCUUCGACCAGUGGAAAAUUUUGGAAAUCAUUCACUUUCAGAAUUAACAACAUCCCUGGUGGACACAUCCUAGUGAUGGCUGUCAUCCUGCCUGUGAAACUUGAACUGUCUUCUAAUGAGAUUGUAUUGAGACCACAAACCUUCUCGUUGAAAACAUGUUUUCGGGGAACAGUUAGGCUAUAUAAUCAUCUGAAUCUCCCUGGCCAAUUUGUAUGGAAACCAGUAAGUGCACUGAGAGGAACUGCAUUUUCUAUUCGUCCAGCCAAAGGCAUUGUUGAUCCAUAUUGCUCAUUGGAAUGUGAAGUCACCUGGCAGCCAGGUUUCAGUUCUCCGGAGAAGGGAGAGUUUACACUUCAAGUGUCUGGAGGAAAUACGUUGACACUCAAGUGUAUUGCACAUGUUGGACAUACUAAAGUCACCUUUUUAGAGCCAAGAAUACUGUUCAGUAAUAGCUCUCAAGGUUUAACUACUUGGAGGAAAGCCAUUCUUCACAAUAUAGGUCAAAACCAUGCUUAUUUCAAGGUUUGUGAUCAAAGCCUUUUGCCUACCAUUAAUAUCGUUCCAUCAGAAGGAGUAAUCCCCUUUGGGGGAAUAACCGUUCUUAAUAUCUCCUGUACACCUACUGUGGCAGAAAAAUUUGAUACAAGAGCAAAGGUUGCUAUUCACCGUGCGAAUGUUAUAGAUCUUAGGAUUGGUGGGUCUGUUGAAAUUGCUGAUGUUGAAAUCACACCUAAUGUAUUUAAUUUCAGUGGCACCUAUGUUGGCACUACAGAAACUAUUUCAUUUGUAAUUAACAACAAAGGUGUGACACGGGCCAAAGUAGAGUUCAAUCUAAAAGAAUUUCCACUUUUUGCAAUGGAUUUUAAGGGAAAUGCAGGAGAGGUAAAAAAUACAGAAUUUCCUUACAUGUAUGCCAUAGAGGUGGAAGAAAGCACAUCUGUGGAAUGUGGCAUAGCAUUUUCUCCUGUAGAAGUAGCAACAUAUAACUUUAGCUUUCCUGUCCUUAUUAAUUCUUUCAAGGCUUCAGAACUCUACUGCGAAUAUUUGUCACAGAAAAAGGUUUUGAUGCCAAAAGUAUCACCACUUAUUCCACCGUGUUUUGUUCAAGCUACUGUAUUACGAGCACCAGUGGAAUUAUCCAGCACUGAAUUUGUCUUCAAAGUCCCAUUAUAUGAGAUUCAACAUAGUAAGGAGAUAACAAGAAUUCAGGACCUUGUCUUAUAUAAUAUUUCAAAAAAAGAUGUUCAGUGGUCUUUGGAUAUUGCUAAAAUUGACAAACUUUUCAAAAGUGGCAUAUUCAAAUUUACUGCACUGAUUGGAUGUCUGAAACCAAAUGAGAGGUAUACUAUUUCCAUACAUUUCUGUCCAAAAAAGCCCAUAACCUACCGAGGUGACGUUGCUAUACGUUUAAAUGAUAAUUUAUUUGACUAUAGAAUAUUAAGUCUUAUUGGAGAGAUACAAUCACCACAGAUACUUUUUGAUCCACCGUUUAUAUGUUUUACUCCUGUUCCUUUGGAUAUCACAGCUGGGGUGGAUAUCAGAAUUUUGCCACAGAACUAUUUCAGAAAUUCAACUCUACAAUUCAAAAUUCCCACUGCUAAACUUCUUGAUGAUGAUGAGAUUCACCCACUUACUGUGACAUUCCCCAAAGGAAGAGUUAUCACAGCCUCUGAUACUGGAAUUAAUGAUGUGCUACCAUGUCAUCUUAGUUUCAAUUCAUCUAAACCUGUUUCAUUUUUUGCCAAUCUUCUCUUUUGUGAUGACAAAAAUAACUGGUUUUCACUCCCAGUUACAGCAACAGCAGAAAAUUGCAUUCUGACUAUUUAUCUAUAUUUGGCAGUUCAUCUGGACAAGCAAAAGGUUAUUUUAAAGGAUGGUAAACAAGGAAAUACUACAAAGCCUAGAGGCAGUUUUUUGAUUCCUGUGGUUCCACGUCGUGAAUCGAAACAUUUUGCAAAAAAAGGAUCCAUUGUUUCUAAAUUUUAUGAUGCUGAACUUACAUAUGGGAACCUAUUUGUUGGGAUGGAAAUUGCACGUGAUCAUGUGGACUCAGAUGACAGUAUUUCAGAUAGAGCCAAUGCUGGUUCUCUGGAAAAUGAAGAGAAGAAUCAACAGUUCUUUGCACCUGAAGAAGGAUCAAAGGCUUAUGACUACUUUCAAAAGGUUGUCAAUGCAGCUCAGACCUGGUUCAGUCUCUUUGGGUGGCCUGAAGGGCCCCAUUCUCUUUCUAUUCCUGAGACAAUAAGAAGGGAUGUGCAGAAAAUACAAUUCUAUUCAGCAUCCUCACCAGCCAAGAAAUAUUCCAGACAAUAUGAUUUUUCCAAAUAUAAUAAGACAAUUUAUGAUGUGGUUCUUCACUUGAGUGGAAGACUGCCACCUGGAAUUAACUCAAACCAGUCUUUACCUGUGGAUAACACUGAAAGGGUGAUCCAGCUCCAUUCACAACAUGCCUCACUUCUAGACUUUAUCACUGCUCAAGGUGGAUGCAUUUCUCAUGUACUUCCUGAAUUUUUGCUUGGACCAGAAGAUUAUAAGAAGUGGCUUGAAAUUACAACAUCCACUAAAAGCACAACUCUCUGUACACUUAAGGAAAAGUAUUCUAUUAAUAUAGAUAUGGAUAAUUUUGAAGCCUGGAGUACACGGGCAUGGACAGAUGUAUUUCUUCAGAUAUACAAGGUUAUGGUUCUCUCUCGGGUCACACCACGUGGCUACAAUUCUGCUCCAUCCCUACGUGGGGAGAGUACAUCCAAAAUCAACCCCAGUUUUGUAUCCAGCAACAUAUAUUCUAAUUCUGAAAGGAUUCUACUUAGUUGGUUGAAUACAAAUUAUGAGAGUCAUCGACACGUGAUAUGGCAAAACAAUAAAACCGAUACCAGGGCUCUCCGAGGCUCCUUCAAAAAACAAAGGAAGGAAGGAAAGAAAUAUGGUGUUCCCUCUGAGAGAUGGAUAGUGAAUUUUGAUGUAGACCUUUUAGAUGGCCUUGUUUUUGCUACACAGCUGGCAGCAUAUUGCCCAUUUUUGAUUGAGACUCAUUUUACAAGUAUGUACACACGACCAAAACGUUCAGAACAGUAUUUGCACAAUAGCUUGAUCAUUAUAAAUAGUCUUCGUGAAAUUGGCUUUGAUUUGAACAUACAGGCCAUUGACAUCUGUGAUCCAAACCCAGUACUGAUGCUAAUGCUUUGUGUCUACAUGUAUGAAAGGCUGCCUACAUACCUUCCCAAGAAGGUGGUGAAAUUCUCUUGUACUCUGUAUGAUGUUGUGCUGGGAGAGAUACUAGUGAAAAACCCAAGCUUGAAAAAUUUAGUGUAUACAGCUACAAUUGUUGGAAGAGAUGCUGCUGACUUCAGUCUUGCCCAGACGGGGAAUGUUGUAACAAUUUCCCCCAAAAACCAAAGUCUCCUCAUUCUGAAAUUUUUAAGUCGGUUCCUCCAUCCCGCUGAAGCUACACUAUUAUUAAUUUCAAAACCUAAGGCCGGAGCAGGAGGCAGUACAAUGGCUUUUGCUCUGAAAGGAGAAGUCCUAAAUUUUAAAGCAAUUGAUAUUCUAAAAUGCAAAGCACCAUGUUAUCAAUGGAAAGAAGUCUCUGUGAACGUGAAAAAUCCCUUUUCAAUGAGUGGAGAUUUUCGUGUCAUUCUUGUGGAAUCCACAACACUUUUGUAUUUGCCAUCACAAGUAACUGAAUCUUCAAGAGCUACUUUGAUGCCUGAUCAUAGUAUGAAUGGUGACUAUGAUGCUGACCGGAGUUCUUCCCAUGCUGAAAAUGGCUUACUAACCUCAAUUAAGUCUAACUUCAUCAGAGAAUUCUUCUGUUCAAUGCAUACAAUUUACUUGGGAGCAAAAGGAUCUUCGAGCCUGGAGAUCUGCUAUCUUCCCUUUGACAUGCACAUUCGCUAUUGUGCCAUCAUCCUGAGCAACGAAGCGAUUGGAGAUUUGAUAUAUGUUAUAGAAGGAAAAGGUUUGAUACCCUUGCCUUCCAAUUUCCUUUCAAUGAAGCCUCCAAGUCCAAUUGACUACAGUACUUCUGCAGAAGAAGAAUAUAAUAACGAAGAUCCAGUUCUGUAUUUGUCCUGCAAGCCUCAGCAAGUACUUGAUAUGGAUCUUAAAAUACCACUGACUAAUGAAUCAAAGGAAAAGGCUUUGGCUUUUGCAGCACAACAGCAAAUGUCAACUCUUGAGUAUGAACGAAGGGCUAUCACUGGCACACUGGAGAGCAGUACCAUUCGUGCAGCGGUGGCCCUCCUAGGACUAACCAAGAUUGAGUGCCUUUUGCUCUUUAAUACAUCGAAGUUAAAAAAGCCUAAAUCCAUUUUAUAUGCAACAGAGCUGAGCCUUCCUGCACAUUUCAGUAUACCCAGGAAAAUUUACAUCCCUCAGGUUCCAGAGCCUCCAACUAUCCGAUCUCUAGAAAUGAACCCUCAAAUUGAAACAGGAGACCAUCCACCCCAGAAGCAACUGCCAAGAACCCAAGCAGCUUUAGAAGGAACUGUUUCGGUUCCUCUACGAUUUGCUCCUCUUGGGCCUGGACGAUACCCUUGUAAAAUUUUGUUGGUAUCAAGAUAUGAUGUGCGUGUGUAUGUAAUUGAAGGUGUAGUAAAUGAAGAAGAACCAGAGGCUGAAUUGUUGUUUAAAACACCAGCAUUUGAACCCCUCACACAGCAUAUCCCAAUAAAAAAUGAAACAAAGAAACCUUGGAGAAUUGUGAUUAAAAUAGAAGGAGAGUGGUUUUAUGGGCCUCAGAUUUUACAUGUUGGCCCUGGUGAAACUAUCCAGUAUCCUUUGACAUUCAAACCCAUUAUGGAAUGUGAAAUUAUGGGUAAACUUACUUUACAAAAUGAAGUAGAUGGUAUGGAACACAUCAUUGAAAUUGAUGGGAUUGGGAUGAAACCUCUGGCCUUGGAUCACAUUGUUAUAGACUGUAAAGUGGGAAAUGUGACAGCUAAGUCCAUAAUAGUGCCUAAUUAUACAAAAAGUCUCCUGACAUUUAAGGUAACUUCAGAUCUCUCAAUAGUGUGGGGAACUUCCUAUAUCACGAUAGAACCUGACAACUCAGUUCCAUACACUCUCCAUGUAUGCCCUUGGAAACGUGGAGAAUUCACAGGUGCAAUUACAUUUUCCGUUAAGAGCAGAGAUGAGGAAGAUUCUCAGGAAGACACAGAUCAGGAGAAAGAUAUCUCUUCUCAGGAAACACCAUCAGAUCCAUCUACCAUUAUUUUUGAGGAAUAUUCAGAUGAGAAGGUUAAAAGUUUAAAAAUCUGGUAUCAUCUUGAGAUCCAUAGUGCUCCUGGACCUCCUGCAGACACAAUUGAACUUCACUGUAUUGCUCUGGAGACUGUCUGCAUCGAAAUUCCCAUCUCCAAUCCAAAAGAUAGAAUUAUUCGUAUGGAUGUGAAAUUAACAUCCUCUUCUCUUAAUGGACCAGAGGAAAUGACACUGAAUCCAUUGGAAUGUGUGAACUACAUUGUGUGGUAUUCUCCAGCAACUACAGGCUAUAAAGAAGAAAGCAUUAUUUUUCAGCCUGAAAUGGGUGAAGAGUUCUGGUAUUUACUAAAAUUAACAACUGAUCUUCCAAAAGCAAAGCAAAUACCGGAAAUGCAGUGUGACCUUGGAAAGAAGAUCAUUCAGACCCUUCCUUUAUAUAAUCCUACUCAAGAAACAUUAGAAUUGAAAGUAGGCAACAGUAAUCCUGAAAAUUUUGUCGUGGAUAUUAACAAAAAAAUACCAUUGGUCCUCCUACCUCAUUCUACCACAGAGAUAUCUGUUUACUUUCAUCCAUCAGGACUUGGGAGAGCUGGUCAUGAAACUUGUAUUAACUUCUAUUGUACUCAGUUCAAAGAAUGGAAAUUCCACCUCUUUGGAGUAGGACUAUUCCCCAUGCCUAUAGACGUUCAAAGAGUAUCCACAGUCCUUGGUCUUCAAGCAUCUGUCAUGAUACAUUUCAAAAAUCCUACCAAUGAAGAUGUUUCCAUUGAUCUCAUAUUAACAAAUAAAGAAGAACCCAAGAAUCUUGUAAUUGACCAUUGCUGGGAUAGCUUCCUCCAUGAAAAUGCUGCAUUCCGGUUUAGCUCUUUGAGGCAUACCCAUGGAAUUGUGGUGCCUCCUAAAGGAACUUUAGAUGUCCCAGUUUUAUUUAUACCUACUACUAUGAAGUUAUACAAAACAAUGGUGAUUGUUAUGGUGAAGAGAGCAAACAAAGAAAAUUGGCUUGUUGACAAUUUUGAUGAACUAAGUGCAGAAACUAAGAGACAUAUGGGAGUAAACCAUGGGCAAAUUCAAGCAAUACACUGGAUGUACCCUAUCAUUGGACUUCCACAGGCACAAAUGCCUAAAAGUACCCCAACUGUCAUAAAAUGUCAGGCCAAGAAGCGAGUGGAAGAGAAAGUGGAAGUGACAAUGACUGGUAAUUUUUUUGGCUCACGUCUAUCGCAUGACGUGAUAGAAUUUGCAGUGUAUCCCAAAAGAAAUUCUAUUAACAGUAUUUAUGAAGAUGUUGAUGUAACUCCUAAAAGACGUGAAUUUGAGUAUGAGAUAGAAUUUGAAUCUGAAGAUUUGAAGACUUGCCUGGACUCCACUGUAACAUUAUAUUUGUACAGAAAACAUUUUAACAUAAAGCAAGAAUCAAUUUCAUUGAUUUUCAAACUGAUAUUUUCACCAAGAAGACCAUUCCGGGCUCAUGCCACAUUGAAAAUUGAGUGCAUAACAGAUGGAAUCUGGAAAUUUCCUAUAACGUUGAUUGCUACUGAGCCUGAAGUGGAGGAAAUAAUUGACAUCCAAGGAAUUGGUUUAUUCAAGACAUCUGUCACGGAAUUUAGACUGACAAGUCAGACAAGGUAUUAUGAGCCAUUUACAGCCCAUUUUCUGCCAGGUGGUGAUCGAGAUUUUUUUGUAAAACCUCAAUCUGGUGAACUCCCUCCAUUUUACACAAAAGGAAUUGUCAUCGUUGUAGGAUUUAAACCCCGAAUGUAUAGUAAGAAAUAUCAAGCAACACUUGUAAUACAGACAUUUCUGAGCAAAUAAAUAUCCAGUUUAGACAGGAAGUGGGAUCAUUACUUUGCCAGCUGAUGGCAUAUUCAAGGUCAGUUUCUCUCCGAGUGAAGGACAUCCUAUGGAUAUCUGUUUGCUGCUUCAGAGGACCCAUAUGUUAUGAGAGAAUCACAGUUAAGUAGACAGGCAAAGUGUACAAGUACAAAACCUCAAUUCUCUGGAGAUAGGAUUAGAUUCCACUUUAUAAUGAUUAAUUUCCCCUUCACAUAGUAGAUAACAAUGUUUCCUAGUUGUAGUCUAGCUAUGUCAAAAAGAAAAAAACUGCCAUGGUCAUAUAAUAAGGGUACAAUUAAGUUAACAGCAAUCUUAGUAAUUAACUAAAUAUUUCUAUGAACAUCUUUGUCAGCACUGCGAUCUGAUCAGUGUCUCUCCCUGACAAGCACAUGAUGAGGAUCAUCCGAUUCCCUGUAUAUGGAUAGGAGGAAACUUACCUGAAUACUGUACUCUGGAGGAGCUCAACACAGCAGGAGGCUAAUGACAAUUUGAAAUUGAGUAGUUAUGCACCCACCCCUGGAGGUCUGUGUUUUUGCAUAAAAACCUAAAAAAAGCUGUUUCCAAAUAUCAACUGUCUUGACUAUGUAAUCCACCACAAGUUGCAUCCAGAGCAAGGAAAUACAGCAUGCAAAACAGGUUCUCAAAAGUCAGCUAAGCUCCACACACCGGUUCUGAUCUAACUAUUAGGAACUCUACAAAGAGACCAAGCUACACAACUGUCACACACAUGCAGAGAUCCUAGGUAACUCCUACAGAGGAUCUGUAGCUGUUGGUCCAGAGUCCAUUAGCUCCCACAAGCUCAGGUAAGCUAUCUCUGUGGGUUCCUAGUCAUGACCCACCUGGCUCAUACAAUUCCUCCUCUUUUUCUUCAGCAAGACUCCCAGAGCUCAGCCCAGUGAUUGACUG